GCGCGCCAUAAGCUUAUUUUAGCAGUUUAAGUUAUGUUGCAUGGGGGAAUUCUACCCACAAUGAAGACUCCUAGGUAUGACUAGCGGACUGAGAGGCGUUGCGUUACUAUUUUUCUUUUUAACUUACCUAUUGAGUUCAUCAAAAGAAAAGUUACAUUUCUAUAAUUUAAUAUUUUUUAAUCACACUUUUUGUUUAUCUGAAGAGUUGAAUCAGAGCUCCUCAUUUUGUUUGACCUUCUUGAAGGUCAUCCAAGUCCAGUUUCUCUGAUUGAACACGUGCAAUUAUAUCUUGUACUGAAAACCUGUGAAGACACUUUAUGUUCAAGUCUUUUUUUUAGUUUGUAGGUACAAACUUGUUUUUGAUAUGACCAUUAAACUGACACAGUGUACUAUUUUGCACUACCUCAAAAUCAAACUGCACUUCGAUUGUCUUUUCAUGAAAUAUAAGUUAUUUGAGUUGGAAAACUGUGCCGGUCGUCAUUAAGGGGUGGUGGUUGGUGCCAGUUUGGAACCACUGCUACAAUCUAUACGCCACUCAAUUUUGCAUUCGACACAUACCGGUACAUUGACAUUUGUAAAAACCUAUGUCUUCUUACAUCCGGUAUCACAAAGGUCUUUGUAAACAAAAAUGAUUUGUUAGCCAUCAUGUACAUUUGUUCCAAUAAGACUGUAAGUGCUUAUCUAUAGAGAACCCAACAAAAAAUGCCUAUCAUUGCACGAAAUGCAACUUGAAAAAUUGAAAAGUUGUUGUUUUUUAUAGUAAUUUUUUUUUUUUUUUUUUAAAGACUGCGUUUGGAUUGAAUACCAUUGCCUGCAAGACAUAGUACUUUUAAUUUGACUGUUGUGAUAGUCACCAUGAACCUAUGCCCAUGUUCUCAUGGUUUCUGUUUGCAGGCAGCAUGACCAUCCUACCUACUGUGCUCUUUUUAAUUACGGGGGUGCUGAGAGAAACUGCAGUCAAGACUGCUGACAACUCAGUAUCUACGUCCGUGUCUGCUGCGCUGCAGGGAAUCAAGACCAUUAUCACCUCCCCAGUGGCUCGUGUGGAUAACCUGCAGACGCAGUGGACUGCCCUUGUGAGAAGCAGUCUGGCCUCUGUACUUGAGGACUCGCAGCCAGAUGAGUCCAGGCCUGAUUUGGAUGAGAUCAGCAUGUUGACAGCGAUUACACUCUUCCUGCUCUCUGCUAGUAAUGAACUUGUAGGGGUGACUGUCCUGCAGAAGGGCUGCAUGGAGCGCUUCCGUAAUGCCCUCAACUCUAGUGAUCCAUGGGUUCAGGCACGGUGUUAUCAGCUGCUGCUGUCAGUGUUUCAGCAUUCCACCCGCCCCCUUUCUACCCCGUACAUUCAUGCUCUGGCUCCCCUCAUGGUGGAGAAACUGAAGGCGGUUGAACGCAGUCGGCCAAGGACUGCCGCCGAGCUGCAGGCUGUGCAGGAGGGCAUCAAGGUCCUGGAGAAUCUGGUCGGAAUGGGUGAGGAGAAGAAUCGUGUGCAGUUGGUGGCUCUUCUUGUUCCAACUCUCAUCUCCUACCUUUUGGAUGAAAAUACCAUUCCCUCUGCCUCCCAAGCCUCCAAAGACUUACAUGACUUUGCCCUUCAGAACUUAAUGCGUAUAGGUCCUCUAUAUCCAGCUGCCUUCAAGACAGUAAUUGGUGCUGCACCUGAGCUUAAAACCCGCCUGGAAUCUGCUGUUCGGGCAAACCAGGCCAGCAGCAAAGCCAAAGAUGCAGCACGACAAGCUCAACCAACAGUCCAAGCUGCACCGACCAUCAAACUCAAGACCAGCUUCUUCUAAAACCUUCAAAUGCUCAGAACACUUUCACAGAUUACAUUCAUGUCUCUUAGUAUGCUGUGAUUCUUGUCCACAUAAUGUCUGUAUCAAGUAGAAUGUAGCCAUCUCUACAAAUUGAAAUUAUGUACACAUUGGUUGAGUUCCUUUUGAAUGUUCACCCGAAAUGUUCUCCUUGUAUAAUCUGUUGUACAUAUAUGAUUGUGCAUGUGUAUCCUAUGCUCAUUUGAUAUGUGACAUUUACUUUUCCCUUAUGCUACUUUCUUUUUUUAACCUAAUUUCUUAUUUUUCAUCACCAUAAGCCUUAAAGUAAUCAUUUCCAUUAUCUUCUGUUUUUGAGUAAUGUACAUUCCAAUGUCAUAUUUUAAUCAUGUGAUUAUUCUGAGCCUCAGGCUACAGUAUGUUGCAUAUGAGCAUUGCAUAUCAUAUAUUCAUCCAACCAUCCAUCUUCUUCGGCUUAUCCGAGGUCGGGUCGCGGGGGCAGCAGCCUAAGCAGGGAAGCCCAAACUUCCCUCUCACCAGCCACUUCGUCCAGCUCCUCCCGGGGGAUCCCGAGGCGUUCCCAGGCCAGCCGGGAGACAUAGUCUUCCCAACGUGUCCUGGGUCUUCCCCGUGGCCUUCUACCGGUCGGACGUGCCCUAAACACCUCCCGAGGAAGGCGAUCGGGUGGCAUCCUGACCAGAUGCCCGAACCACCUCAUCUGGCUCCUCUCGAUGUGGAGGAGCAGCGGCUUUACUUUGAGCUACCCCCGGAUGACAAAGCUUCUCACCCUAUCUCUAAGGGAGAGCCCUGCGACCCGGCGGAGGAAACCCACUUCGGCCGCUUGUACCCGUGAUCUUGUCCUUUCGGUCAUAACCCAAAGCUCAUGACCAUAGGUGAGGAUGGGAACGUAGAUCGACCGGUAAAUUGAGAGCUUUGCCUUCCGGCUCAGCUCCUUCUUCACCACAACGGAUCGAUACAGCGUCCGCAUUACUGAAGAUGCCGCACCGAUCCGCCUGUCGAUCUCACGAUCCACUCUUCCCUCACUCGUGAACAAGACAUAUCAUAUAUAUAUACAAGAAACAAGUUUAUGGUUAUUCUAUAAUUUAGCUUUGAUCAGAAAUUACUGCCUUCGUUAGUUCGAUAGUAUAGAUCACAGUAACUAAGAGCCCAAUUGGGUUUCUAGUUAUUUUUAAUUUGAGCAGGAAAUGUGUACCAUGACUUAAAAUUUACUGUUUCUGUUGUUUUUUUUCCAUUUUAAAUGCUAGUUAUCCACCAAGUUGUUAGCAAAACAUGAUAUUAUGGUAACACUUUAGUAUGGGGGACAUAUUCUAAGUAACAAAGACUUAAUUUAGAGUAAUUUGGACACUAGGGGAACAUAUAAGGGUUAAGGUUACUAAUAAGCUAUAAUUCUGAGGUUAUUGAGGGAAGACUCUUAGUUAAUGGCUUACUGGUUGUAUAAUAAGGUCAUGCAGAAGAAUGUAUUAAUAAGUACUAAAUAAUGACUAAUAAAGAGCCAAUAUGUUACAAAUUUGCAUGUUAAUAAGAAACGAAUUAAUGGUGAAUAUGUUCCCCAUACUAAAGUGUUACCGAUAUUAUGAUUUAUUUUGUUUUGACAGUGACAACCAGCCCUCUGAGAGCAACCAAAACCUGAAUGAGGCCAUUGUAUAGAUUUUUACUUAGAAAUUCCCAUCGUACAAAUAAAGUUGUGUUGACCCAA